GAGAGACCAGACAUAGGGAAUGCAGGGUCCGGUGGAGAGCGGAUAUAGUGAAUGCGGGGUCCGGGGAGAGCAGAUAUAGUGAAUGCCGGGUCCGGGGAGACCAGAUAUAGUGAAUGCGGGGUCCGGGAGACCGGAUAUAGUGAAUGCGGGUCCGGGGAGACCGGAUAUAGUGAAUGCGGGGUCCGGGGAGAGCGGAUAUAGUGAAUGCGGGGUCCGGGAGACCAGAUAUAGUGAAUGCCAGGGUCCGGGGAGAGCAGAUAUAGUGAAUGCCGGGUCCGGGGAGACC